GUCCUCGGUAUUCUCACUCCUAACAUGCGACAUUCCUUGAUCAACCACCCUACAAGAUCUUUGUUCGCCAACAGCUAGUUCCUCCAUGUCCAUGUAGAACAUUCUCGAUUGUUGCUUUUUUCAGCAUUCAGAGAAGAUCAUUGAGAACCAAGAGGAGGACGGAGAUGACAAUGGCUCCUCGUAAGAAUCCCGAUGAGGAUCAACCCUAGGAUCCAAAAUCAAUUUGUCGGAUCUGGACCUGAAAAGGACCCACUUGAAGAGUGCUCUGGAAGCAGAGGAGGUGGUGAUGGGGCCGAGAGACAUCUCAACAUCCAUCUCAGCAAAAAAAAAAAAAGCCACAUCAAACGUGGAGGAGGGACAGAUGAACGGAUGAACGAACAGUUAAAAGUUAACGAAAUGAUGAUGUCAGCCUUAAUAGAGGGGCUGAUUUGCCACUGCAUGGCUAAACGUAAGGAGGGAGAUCAAGGUCCAACCAAAAAUGGAGAUAUAUUCUCAAUAUGGAAUUUCGAUGGAAGGAUUGCAUAUGAGGACAUCAUUGAAGCAACCGAAGAUUUUGACAUCAAAUAUUGCAUUGGCACUGGUGGCUAUGGUAGCGUUUACAGAGCACAGUUGCCAAAUGGCAAAGUAGUUGCCUUGAAGAAACUUCAUCUAAUAGAGGCUGAGGAACCAGCUUUUAACAAGAGUUUUAGGAAUGAAGUUAGAGUGCUAACAGAAAUAAAACAUAGAAACAUUGUGAAGCUUUAUGGGUUUUGUUUGCACAAGCGAUGCAAGUUUUUGAUCUAUGAAUAUAUGAGCAGAGGAAGCUUGUUUUGUGUCCUUAGAACUGAUGAUGAAGUUGUGGAAUUGGAUUGGCUCAAAAGGGUGAACAUCAUCAAAAGCAUGUCACAAGCUUUGUCUUACCUUCAUCAUGAUUGCACCCCACCCAUUCUUCAUCGAGACAUAUCAAGCAACAAUAUUCUUUUGAACUCAAAACUAGAGGCUUUUGUUGCUGACUUUGGAAAUGCUAGGUUUUUGCAUCCUGAUUCAUCCAAUUGUACUAUACUUGCUGGCACUCAUGGUUAUAUUGCCCCAGAGCUUGCCUAUACGAUAGCCAUGACCGAGAAAUCUGAUGUUUAUAGCUUUGGAGUUGUGGCAUUAGAAAUAUUAAUGGGAAGACAUCCUCAAGAACUUUUGAUGCUGUUAUCAUCAUCAUCAUCAUCACCAUCAUCAUCUUGUUUGCAAAAUGUGAUGCUAAGCGACAUAUUAGAUGUGCGUCUAUCCCCUCCAAGAACUAGAAAUCUUACCCAAAAUAUUGUGGUUGCUGCUACACUUGCAUUUGCUUGUGUGCGUGCAAAACCCAAGUCCAGGCCAACAAUGAAAUUUGUGUCUCAACAAUUUGUUGCCCGCCAGAAGCCACUUUGGAAGCCUUUUCCAGCUAUUUCUCUAUCAGAACUGAUGAAUAGUGAGUUGGAGAUGAAAAAUGGAACAGAAUUUCAACCAAAAGUUUCAAGUAAUCAGGUCAAGUAUCCUGGUUCUUCAAAUGAAGUUCUUGAUGUCUAAUUCUAGGAAUCAAAAGACUACCUUGUUUUGAUAAGGAUUGUCAAUAAAAUAACUUCCUUCCU